AGAGAGAGAGGACAGGUGGAGGUGUGGACAGGUAGACAGAGAGCAGACACACUGACGCUCAUUUUACCUGGAGAUCAGGUGAGAGAGGCAGGCUGGAUCCGCAGUAUGCUGAGGGAGUCCCCUCACCUGGAAAGAUGUACGUAAGUUACCUGCUGGAUAAGGACCCCGCCAUGUACCCGCACCAGAACUCGGUGACCCGCCACCCGGGCCUGAGCCUCAGCCAGCAGAACUUCUCGGUCCCCGGCCCGCCGCAGUACUCAGACUUCAGCUACCACCACCACCACCACGGCAUCAACAACGACCCGCACUCGGCGCAGCAAGGCGGACCGGGUGCCGGUGGCUGGAGCCCGGCUUACCCGCCUCCCCCUCCUCCCACACGGGAUGACUGGUCGUCGCAUCACUACGGUGCCGCCGCCGCUGCAGCGGCAGCCGCGGCCGCCGCAGCCGGGGGGCCUCCCGCGGCCUCCACCGUGCCCGGCGGUGUGGGUCCCACCCUGGGAUUCAGCCCCCCGGAGUUCGCCGGGCAGCCGCCAGCGCUGCUGCCCGCGUCCCUCAACGCGUCGGCGGGGCAGCUGUCCCCCGGCUCCCCGCAGAGGAGGAACCCCUACGACUGGAUACGACGCACCUCCGCACCGCCCUCCAACCCAAACGGAAAGACGCGGACUAAAGACAAGUACCGUGUGGUUUACACCGACCACCAGCGCCUGGAGCUGGAGAAAGAGUUUCACUAUAGCAAGUACAUCACCAUCAGGAGGAAGGCGGAGCUCGCCACGGCGCUCUGCCUAUCAGAGAGACAGGUGAAGAUCUGGUUCCAGAACCGCCGGGCCAAGGAGCGUAAGAUCAACAAGAAGAAGCUCCAGCAGCCGGCCUCCUCCACGACCACGCCAACCCCUUCCAACGGCAGCAACGGCAGCGGAGGAGGCGGCCUCCACGGAAACGGCAGCAGCAGCAACGUCGCUAUGGUGACGAGCAGCAGCAGCAGCAACGGGCUGGUGUCUCCUUCCUCUCUGCCUUUGAACAUCAAAGAGGAGUACUGAGGCCGAGGACAAAGGACAGUGUUUUAUUGGAUGCUGAUGUCGGGGGACUGGACUGAAAAUUCUCCCCCAAAGACUGAAAAACUUUUGCAUCCUGCCUCGUGCCACCUUCCUGUCCGCCCUCUUAAAGCUACAGCUCGUUGAAAAUUUGAGAAAAUGUCACUGGCAACAAUACUUUUUCUCCCAUCAGACUUUUGUUGCAGAUAAACCCAGAUUUUGAUUUGAUAUCUGUUUGCUGUCUUGAUGUCUUCAGGUGAAAACAGCCCGGCAGAGGGAAGUUCAGCAGUUUUGGUUGUUCAUUAACCAGGCAGCCAACCCUCAAGACACAUGGUGUUGCAGGUGGAGCUCUAUACUGCAACCAGUUUGCAAAAAAUAAGGAAAUAUUUUAUCUCCUGAAUGUUUUAUCUCAUGCCAGAUUCACUCCAAAUUUAUGUUGUCUGUCCAAACUUUGCUCAACCCAGCUGAGACAAAAAAUACUUAAUAGGGAUCUGGAAGUUUCCAAAGUUAUCAAACAUAUCAUGCUGAAAUUUGGGAAAAUGUGUUUAAAUGAUGCACAAGAUGCAUAGAAUAUUUCCAUUUGAUGGAAUGAUGCAGCCAUAACAAAAAUAAAGAGUUGCAGCAAGAAUAUACAGUAUAUGAUACUGUCAGACAAUGUUAAUUUUUUUUACUCUAAAGCAUCUUAAAAAGGGAAAAUCUAGUUUCCAGAGGGUUUGGGGUUUUUUUUAGCUUGAUGAUAAUGUGUUUUUAAAGUCCAACUGAAAUUACACUGCAUUUUUUUGUCUGCUAUGGCAACAUAUCUCUCUGUAAAUCACUUGUGCUGUGUUCUCCUUUAGGAAAAAAAAUCUGAAAUCAAAAGGAAGAAAUUUAUAGUUAGUUAUCUGUCAAAGCAGACAGUCACACUGAGCCUGAUUGCAUCCUGCUACACAAGAGCCACAGACUCUGAACAACAACCCACAUUAGCUUUCCCGCUAAAGUCUCCUCCUUAUCUAACUUAUUCUUGUCCUGCAGCUUGUUGAACGAGCCACCAAACAAACAUUCACCGCUAACAUCAGUUAGCAGCUAGAUAGCUUAUUAGUUGCUCAGCUUCAGCACAUCAAACAGCAUGUAAACAUAUCUGCAAAUGUCACUUCGGACCCAUUAGAUGCUGGUUUGGUCGUUGCCCUUUAAAAUCCCUGCUAGCAACACGCUGUCUGUCCAUGACUUGUAGCUACAGCAGUUUGUUUACCCCUUUCACAUAUGCACUACAACCCUGAAGUUAUCCAGACAUUACAUGUUGGAGCUCAGAUUUUCCAGAGAAUUCACAGCUUGCAAGUGGGCGUGUUGAUGAUGUUUCUAUCAUGCAGCUGGCACUGGAUAAACACAGUUAAGCUGCAUUGGGAGCUGCUAAUGGGAGAGAGGACUUCCUGUGAUUUCUCGUAAAAUAAAAGCUGUCAUCUUUCUGCUUAACAACACUGAAUUACAAGCACAUCAUACUUUUUUUGCGUCCUGUCCUGCCUCCUGCACGCUCUACCCAGGCGCCACGCUACGCUUAAACCAAACGGAGUAUUUCCAGUCUGUGAGAACACGUCUGACACGGACAAUCUCCUGAUGUGUGCUAUAAAUGUGAAAGGGCGACUCCAGAUCCUGAUUCUCUGGACAUUGUCCAUAGCUCAAAUGGCUUUUACCCCAAAGACCUUUUUUCUUUCUUUUAAUAAUAAAAAGCUAUUAACAAUACAUUUAAAAAGACACCUUGACAUUAUUUCUAACUACAUAAGGGAUGACUAAAUGUGAUUUCAGCUGGACUUUAAAGAAAGAAAAUGUAUCCUGCUUCAUUAACAAAUGUUUUCAUCCAAAGUGCAGUCGCAGUGCAACACUAGCAGAAUCACUGUUUGUGCCUAAUCAGAAAGAAAACAUUAUUAUAAUGUCAUGGUCUUGCAUGAUAAUGGUUUUCAGACACAGAUCAUCUCUCAGGUUAAACCGAACACACCUGACGUGCCCGAGACUGUAUGAGCUGUUGUUGUCAUUGUUGUUGUUGUAAAUGAAUGUGAUCUCCAUCAUCAGACUUAA